AUGGCGGCCGCCUCGCUCAAGCUCUGCUCCCCCAAACCCCUCGCCUCCGCCCCGACUCCCCGCCUCCGCGCCCCCCGCCCCGCCGCCACCGCGCGGCCCCUCGCCGGCCGCCUCCCGCCGGCCCGCGUCGCCGUGAAUCCCGCCACCGCCGCCGCCGUGUCCGGCCCCCCGCGCUGCGCCUCCUUCGAGCAGGUGCUGGAGCAUCUCAUCGACGGGACGCACUUCUCGGAGGAGGAGGCGGAGGCGACGCUGCAGCUGCUGCUCGACGAGGACAACGAGGCGCGGAUCGCCGCCUUCCUCGUGCUCCUCCGGGCCAAGGGCGAGACCUACGAGGAGAUCGUUGGGCUUGCCAAGGCGAUGAUGAACCACUGCGUCCGGGUCGAGGGCCUGCACGACGCCGUCGACAUUGUCGGCACCGGCGGCGACGGCGCCGACACCGUCAACAUCUCCACCGGCUCCACCAUCCUCGCCGCCGCCGCAGGGGCCAAGGUCGCCAAGCAAGGGAGCAGGGCGAGCUCGUCGGCCUGCGGCAGCGCCGAUGUGCUUGAGGCGCUCGGUGUCAACAUCGAGCUGGGGCCCGAGGGUAUUAAACGAUGUGUUAAUGAGGUGGGUGUUGGAUUCAUGAUGUCUGCAAAUUACCAUCCGGCAAUGAAAGUUGUCAAACCUGUGAGGAGGAAGCUGAAAAUAAAGACAGUUUUCAAUAUCCUUGGUCCUCUAUUGAAUCCGGCAAGGGUACCUUAUGCUGUUAUUGGGGUUUACCAUGAGAACAUAGUUACCAAGAUGGCUAAAGCAGCUCAGAGAUUUGGAAUGCAGAGAGCAUUGAUUGUCCAUUCAAAGGGUUUGGACGAAAUAAGCCCACUUGGCCCUGGAUAUAUCCUUGAUGUCACUCCUGGAAAGAUUGAAAAGAUGCACUUUGAUCCAUUGGAUUUUGGCAUUCCUCGCUGCACAUUACCAGAUCUUAAAGGAGGCGAUCCUGCAUUUAACGCAAAAGUUCUCCAGGAUGUUCUUGCUGGUCAAAGAGGUUCAAUUGCAGAUGCUCUUGUUCUGAAUGCCGCAGCCUCCCUCCUUGUUAGUGGGAAAGUCAAAACUUUGCAUGAAGGUGUUGCACUAGCACAAGAGACACAGCGCUCCGGAGUGGCCAUCAACACACUCGAGUCGUGGAUAAAUGUUUCCAAUAGCUGUUGAUAUCGAGGUUGAUAGGCCAUUGAAGAGUUAUACAAUAAGACACGGGGUGAUGCCAAAUAAGGAUUAUUUUAGUCUAUCCAUUUCCCCUCAUCAUCAUCUGUAUGGCUGUUAUUUUGUUUAUUGUCACAAAUAUAGGUGCCAUAUAGUCUGGUUUAUUCAUCCAGCAGCAGUUCUGUAGUGUAGAGAAAACCCCAUCAGGCUGAGAUUGUAAGCUUAUUAUUGGAACAGGCGUGGCUUUCUGGUCCAUAGAUGAGGCAUCAUUUUGAUCUUGGUGUUUGUCAAAUUAUGUUGCAUUGCAAGGGUUGAAAGGCAAACUGUUCGCUGGUCGAUCUACAGCAGACCUCACUGAAUAAAUCAAUCAUUUUUGUCA